CGACAGCAGCCAAUGUUGGGUAAAACUGAAAACAAGCAACAACUUUUCAGCGGGAUCCCUGGAAGGAGAAAGAGAUCUCCUUUUCUGCCUGGGGAUUGUUGGUAUAUUGGGUAUUACAGUAUUUUGACAGGAGAACAAGCCUGACAUGAAGAUAUCGGUUGCUAACACAUCUAUUUAUACUUUUCUUCUUUGUUAAAGUCGGAACAGUGAUGUGAAUACAAUACAAUUCCAGGAAUCCACUACUUCCUGGAAUAGAUUAAAAGGGGGCAAACAAAAGAUUACUUAGCAGUGGUUAUUUCCCCUCAGAGCUGCAUUACUUCAAGAGCCAGCGUCGAGGUUAGCUGCUGCUGCUAGUACUCUCUCCGUUCACUUCUUCUAUACAUUUAGAGAUUAUUUAUUGGGAUAUAUUUAUUAUAUUUUCCAUUCCUGUUUUUUACCGGCGAUUUUAAACGCCACCGGGAAGAUUUCUUUCUUUCUUGAAGACACUUUUUAAAAGCAUAGUAAUCUCAAAAUAGUCAUUUUUAUUACUAUAUUUAAACGCAGCAAGAGUUUAUUGGAAAAGCUGCUGGUUUCAGGCACGUUUUUUCUACGCCUUGCUCACUGAACGACCAGUAAAGACUCUCUGGAUCCCCCAGUUUGCUUUCUUCUCUGUGGGGGUAAUCUCCAAGGUGCUUUUGAGAAAGAUUGCCGGGAUCGAUCCAACCUUCUCUUCCCAGUUACUUACCAACUGAGUCGAGGUACCUCCUGUCUGGAGACAAAGGCAAGCCAAAGAAGAUAACUAGAGAGGAGCCGAAGACUGGAUGCUCUUUCCUUGGUCCUGGAGGGACAUGAUCCUUUGUGUUCAGGGAUCCCAUCCUUUGCUGGCAGAGGAGAAGAUCAACAGAAUAUUGCUUGAGGGCCUUGCAGUGAAUAUGUCAGAGCAGGCCAUGCAGCCUCUACCAGCUGCAUCCUUCCGAGAAGAGCCUGUGCCUGUCUUGGUAGCACCCCUGCUGGAGGGCAGCCCCCCUCAAACACGAGACCCAGAGGAGGACUUGCUGUGCAUUGCCAAAACAUUUUCGUAUCUGCGAGAAUCUGGCUGGUACUGGGGCUCUAUCACAGCCAGUGAAGCCAAACAGCAGCUCCAAAAGAUGCCUGAGGGUACUUUCCUGGUGCGGGACAGCACUCACCCCAGCUACUUGUUCACGCUGUCCGUCAAGACCAACCGAGGCCCCACCAAUGUCCGCAUUGAAUAUGCUGACAGCAAGUUCCAGUUAGACUCAAACUGCCUGUCGAAGCCUCGUAUUCUGGCCUUCCCGGAUGUCGUCAGCCUUAUCCAGCAUUAUGUUCUUUCCUGCACUGUGGAGAGCAAGAGUGAUGCCCCCUACCCGCCUCCCCCGCCCUUGCCUCCCAUACAAAAGGAGAUGGUAACAUCGGCAGUCCACUUGAAACUAAUCCGGCCACUCGGUCGCAAAGACAGUGCUCCCAGCCUACAGCACUUCUGCCGGCUACAGAUCAAUAGAUCCACUAAGGAGGUGGACCAGUUGCCUCUACCAAAGAGAAUGAAGGACUAUUUGAAGCAGUACCCUUUCCAGCUUUGAGGUCCUGCCAGCUUGCUUCAGACAGACAAUAGCAGCAAAAUAAAUUCAGACAGGACAGUAAUGUGGCUUUGUCCCACUGAAGUGGCAUGGUAUUAAGUGGGCACAGUAAAUAAGUGGCUAUCAGGAGAGAUUGUAUCCAUUAACUCCUCCCCUUCUUUUCCUCACUUACCCUAAUUCCAUUCCUAUGUCAGGGAGGGGGCGGAUUGCUUGUACCAGUGGUGUGUGUGUGUGUGUGUGUGUGUGUGUGUGUGUGUGUGUGUGUGUAGUGCACAGUUCCAAUGCCUGAACCUCAAGGCCUCUCUCUUUUUCUGACUGUGGCUUUACGGAAACACUCUUGGCAUGUGCACACUACUUGAAUUUCAGAGUUGCCAUCACACCGGGAAUGUUAAAGCAUUGUUACUGUCAUUAUUUAUUUCCAUGUAGUUGUAUUCUUCUCAUGUAUCUUUUAGAUGGUUUUUGCUUCUUCUUCUUCUUCUUCUUUAAAAAAACAAAAGGAUGAAAGAUAGAGCUCUCCAUCAUAUAGUGGAACUAUCUGACUUAGCCCAGUAUUCUUGGUGGGAGUUGUUUAGUUCUCUGGCCAUAGACUUCUCCGUAAUUGACCAUGGUGUAUUCCUCCUACUCAGAUACCUUUGGAAGUGUGUGAAAGUUUGACACCAGUAAACAUCAGCAAUCCAACUGCAGGUCCUGUCGUUAUAGCACAAAGAAUACUUUUUUUCUUCCCAUAUAAUCUCCUAAUGAACGCUUUCUUAUCUUCCAUCUUCCCCUCUUUGAAGAGGACACUCUCAUUCUGAAUCAACCAGUUAGAUCUUUAUGAUUUUUUGGUAACAGAGUGGAGGUUCCUAAGCACCCUUCAUGUGAGGCUUAGGGGCUUGGCAUUUGCCUUGUGGGGAUGAUCACACCCCAACUUUUAUACAAAGCAGAUUCUACUGAGCAGCUGUGAGUGACAGUAGCUAUAUAUACAUCCAUCCAUACCUAUUUAUUUAUUUAUUCCUUUGGAAAGCAGGGCAACUUUCUCACACAGUUACUAUAGUAUCAGCCCACCAGUGGAAUGCUAGAUCAUUAUACUGCUGCUGUGUUGGUAUCAUGUGACUUCAGAAAAAAGGAAUACUGCUGUGUUAUUCACCAUUUAAUUUGUUUGACUCAAAGACUAAAACCAAUGUUACUUUUUGCAAAAUAUACUGGACUCAAGAUGGUUAAAAAUACUUCCUUAAUGUCCUUAUCCUCUCUCCCAAAGUUUCCCUGUGGACACUUUGAUUCUGAUCUUUGCACUGGGGGAAAAAAGAAAGAUGGGAGGAAUGAAGUAUCGUCUUUAAUUCUUGCCUUUUUUUGUACACCACAUGCUGACAGCCCUAAUGUACUUUGCAAUUUGCUAGAGAAGCCAAGGGUUGGUUGUGAAUAGAUAAUCCCUUGGCAUUAAUGCUGCCUUCCACAGCUUCCUCAGCCUAAUGACAUGCUCUGUCAUUAGAAUCCACAUGGUUGAUGGAGAUGAUUGCUUUCCAUUAUAUGUCUAAAUCUUUAGCACAUUUUCAUAGAGCUAGGGUUGAAUUUGAGGGAGAUACCUUUGCUACAUCAGAGGGUGAAAUGCCGGAGGGGUACGGUAGGAUCCUAGAAGUAACCUCAAGCCUCAUGGGUCUUCUGCUCCCAUCAGCAAUCCAAUGUGGCCUGGUGUAUUUAGUCAGUGUCCAUUUCUUUUCAUGUUUUUAAAGAAUUUGUACGUAUUUCUGGAUUUAUUUUGGAAACUUUGAUAAUUGACCGAGAAUGUGUGCAUGUGUGAUGUCUGGUUUGUUAAUCACCGAACUCCCCCCUUUCCUUGUGCACUAUGGCAAGGGUUGGAGCAAGACAAACAAAUGAGAAAACAAAAUUAAAAAAAACACCACAAAAUACAAUAAAUGAUAUUUUUAAAUAUAAAA